AUGGUACUUUAUGUAAGACGCGAGAGCGGAAGACUUGCAAAGACUUUCGGCGAGUCUGCUGAGCUUCCCUUUGUGAUGCUUCGGAAGGCACAGCUGACUGCAAAGCAGGUGAAAUAUUCCCAUCUGACUGACGAUCAGAAGGAGAAGCAUCGGCCCCAGAUCAAACGCAAAGCAGAGCUGGAGCAGACUGUGACCGAACUGGAACGCUUGGCGGAGGAUCUCGAGCAGGAGGCCCAGAAGCAGGAGGAACAGGAGCAGGAGCCCGUGGUGGAAGAGGCCCCUGUCCAGGUUGAAGAGGAGGUGGCACCUGCGGUGGAGGCAGAAGAGGAAAAAGAAAUCGAAGCCGGAGAGGCAGAGGAGGUCCAAGAAGAGGAGGACCCUGAGGUCGCAGCUGCGCGCGCUGCCGAGGAGGCAGCCGCCGCUGCGGCUGCUGCUGCCGCUGCCCUCGAGGCAGAGAAGCAGGCCCUUGAAGAGAAGAAGCAGGCCUGCCAGAAGCAGAAGAAAAACACCCUCAAGAAGAUCAAGGAGAUUGAUGCAAUCGAGGCGAAAAUGGCAGAGAGAGGUCAAACCUUUGCCGAGCUGCUGCCGGAAGUAAAAGAAAAGGUGGGCAGAAAAUCCGAGCUCUUGGCUACGGUGGAAGAAAUGGAUCGGACCGUCCAGGAGAUCGACGCCAAGCUGCUGAACCAUGGGCAACCAGUUUGCAAGGUCGAGGCAGAGGAGGCACCCACCAAGCCGGUCAAGAAGCCAGCGAAGCCAGCGAAGGCUGAAGAGCCGGUAAGACCGGCGGAGGUGCCAGCACCGGUUCCGGUUCAGAGCGAGGCCGAGGCCGAAGACGCCGGCGGCGAGCUCAAGGCAGACUCGGAGCCUUCCGCACCCCCGCAGAAAGCUGAAGCCACAUCUGAAGUCGCUGGAGAACAGUCCCCAGGCGAUGAGGACGAAGAGGAGGACUCAAAGAGCAAGCCACGAGCAAAGAGCAAGGCAGCAGCGAAGGCCAAGAAGAAGACUAAAAAGUCGCCGGGCGAGAAGAAGCAAAACGACACUGCUGAGAUAGAUGCUUUGGCAGCUUCGAUUGCAAAUGAUGCCGUGCAGGAUGGCGUGGGAACUGCAAAGAAGACAGCUACGGGUGCAGAAUCCGAUUCACAAGGUGCCAUGUCCACGGCCGCAACGAAGGUGGGUGCUGCGAGCGUGCCCAAGCUGGCCAGCAGCCAAGAGGUAAAGCCUGCAACGAUCGAAGAGGUCGAGGUCUCCACGGAGUUCGGAUUUGCUGCAAACUCUGACAAGUUUUGCGUAGAGGCGUUCAUGCUCCAUAACAAGCGCUGGCUGCCAGAUGACGCAGAGAAGGUGUUGCGGAGCAUGAACGCUGUGGACCAGAGGAGGGUCAUUUGCGCCGGAAGCAUGUCAAGUGUGCAGAACCCGAUAGCUGUUCUACAGGCACGGGUACGUAAGGCGAAGGAUUUGGAGGAGGCUGCAGCCCGAAGUGGUGGUGCCAUCCCAGCGGCCCUCCUUGGACUCGAGAGCAAGCUCGUGAAGCCUGCGACUUCAGAGGAGUUGGAGGCAUUCGUGAAGUCCAAUGACAGAUGGCUCGCCGGAGAGGCACUGGAACUCCUCCGCGCCAUGAGCCCCGUGGACCAGCGCAGGGUCAUCUCGGCAGGGACCAUGUCAGGCUGCCGAGACCCCGUGGCUGUUAUCCAGACCCGGGUCAAGAAGGCACGGGACAUGGAAUUGGAGCUGGAGAACUUGGCGGCUGGCAAGAAGCCCCUCCUGCACGACGAGAAGCCUGGUCCUGCGACGCGAAGCUUUCGCGAGGAAGAAGCGGCUGCGCACCUCUACGCCCCACCGGAGGAAGUUUGCGCCAUGGAGUCGAAGUUCGCAUCAUCUGUGGAUUCUGCUCGAGGAGGAGGCGCUGGGCAAACGCUGAUGGGUGAUGCGCCGGGCGUGGGAGGAAAGAGAAGGCACAAAGCCUUGAUCGAGCCGGCGAAGCCCCGUGCUCUGGAAAGCCACUGCAUUGGGACAACUCUGGCAGUUUCACAGAUUUACCGAGACUUAGCUGCCCAUCAUGGGCCUCGUGGGCUUCAGACGGAAGGCCUUGUUGCAGAGCUUGAAGCCAUCCGAAAGAAGGAAGAUCAAUGCCGCUUGCUCACUAGGACCGGAGCCCUUUCGGGAUCGGGCGGCUUGCUUUGGGAGAUUUGGGAGCCCAGCACCAUCAGCACCCCAUACAGUGUUGAUCGAAGGCUAGCUGGCAAUGUCACCGCAACGGAUCCUCCAAGUUUGUAUCCGCCAGACUUGUUCCUGGAUCGGCCAUAUGGAGAAGAACCAAUAGGGAAGAGAUUCUUCGCUCUCUUGCACUGUCUUGGCAUUGCAUACAUGGUGCUGGGAUUGAACACGGUUUGCGACGUCUACUUUGCUGGGUCCAUUGAUGUUCUCUGUGAUGCCUGGAGCUUGACGCCCGACGUCGCAGGAGCAACAUGGAUGGCCGCGGGGGGUUCGGCUCCAGAAUUCUUCACUUCCAUGAUUGGUGCAACCAUUGCCCAGAAUGACGUGGGAUUCGGAACUAUCGUGGGUUCUGCGGUCUUCAACGUGCUUUUCGUCAUCGGCUUGUGCGGAUACGUGGCGAAGGGGAACAUUGAGCUCACAUGGUGGCCCUUGUUCCGGGAUUGCUCCUACUAUAUCUUUUCCCUAGCAGUGCUGGCAACGUUCACCUACAACCAGAUCAUAGAGGCGUGGGAGGCCGCCAUCCUGUUCAGCUUGUACAUAGGCUACGUGAGCUUCAUGUUCUUUAACAAGCCGCUGAAUGUUUGGGCGUAUCGCAAGACCGGAACUCCACUUAACAAGGAAUUGCGGGAGUACGUGGAGGAGAUGAAUAAAGCAAAGGGCAAGGUGGAGCCCGAGAAAGUUGGAAGCAGCACCGAGAAAGAUACACCGGAGAUGCAGGAGCCAGAGACAAGAGAGGCAAAAGACAACUACAUGCAGUCUGACACCGUCGUGAAGAAGGGAACGGACAAUGGCAAAACAGACAUUGAGCUGGCCAAAGCGGGGGACAAGGAUGCAAACGCAGACGGCGACGAAGACGACGAGGACGACGAUGAGCCGGAGGACUUCAUGAUCAUGCCUGAAGGUAUUCUCGAGCGCGUGCUGUGGGGCCUUUGCUUGCCCGUCUACAUUCCUUUGUAUUACACACUGCCUUGGCCAUCCCAAGGCUCCAAGUGGUUUCUUGCGACCUUCUUCCUGUCCUUACUUUGGAUCGGCGGCUUUUCCUUCCUGCUGGUCUGGUGGACCGACACUGUCGCAGGGGUACUGACAAUCCCCAUCAUCGUCUCCAGCGCCACGUUUUUGGCCGCAGCGACAUCUAUACCUGAUGCUGUAAGCUCCAUGGCUGUUGCCCGCAAAGGACAGGCAGAUAUGGCAGUCAGCUCAUCUGUUGGCUCUAACAUUUUCGACAUCCUGGUUGGGCUGCCAAUCCCUUGGCUGGUGAAAUGCGGGAUCGAGUCUGGUAAUCCUGACUUCCGGGGUGUCCCCAUCAAGUCGCCCUACUUGAUGUUCUACACCUGCUUGCUCCUUGGCAUGGUUUUCGGCACGGUUAUGAGCAUCAAGAUUUGCGGCUGGAAGCUGCAGAAAGCCUUGGGCGCUUGCAUGGCUUUCUUGUACUUUGUCUUUAUUGUCACUACGAUCACAGUGGAAUUGGCGCGGCCAACUUGGCUGAUGACGAAUCCAAGCUGA